AUACUUUUUUUUGCCCCUGAACAAUAUUUCUUCAGUGUUUGGUGUAUUUUGAUACUGUAUACAUACCACUAUAAGUAUAACAAAUCUCAAAUACUGGAUUAAAGUAUCGUGUGGAACGUUAAGAAGCAGACAAAAGAAAGUAACUUCGACGCUAAACUGAAAUCAGAUGCAUUCCUUCUCUGGUAUCGUUCAACACGUCCGACAAACCCUGACUGACAGCUCUCCUAGCCAAUAAACUCAUGCCGAAGCCUGCCGUUAGCCAAUCACUUUAGAGAAGAAGGGCGGGGUUUAGUGUAAUGUGAUGCAAAGUCGACGGUCAAGCUUGUUAGUCCCACCUUUUUGUGUUUCCCGCACCGUCAAUCAAAAUAGAGGAAAAAAAAAAAAAUCGACCCGAUUUCACCGAUCAACACUAUCCCGCCUUCGAUUAAACAAGCAUGUUUGGACUUCACAGUCACUACCAUUCACGCUAUGACUGCUACGUAAGCAUUUAGCGCUUCGAAGCGUGCAGCUAAUCGGUGAGUUUGUGAACACUAGAGCGAGGCGAGCUGCGUCUUAUGCGCCGCUGCUAGCCGGCUAUGGUUAGCUAGCUGGCUAGCAGCGCGGAGUUGACAAAGUAAACAGUCGGUCAGAGCUCUAAAGUUGAUUCUGGCAGUCGGCUCCUCUGGGUCCGCACGGUGGGGAUGCUUUGCGGGCUUUUCUGGCAGGCAGGAGACGCAGAUAAAAGAGCUUUGUCUGAGUUUGUGUCUCCCUGCUAGCGCGCAGAGCGGAGCCUCUGGAACAAGGAGCAAUGGCGUCCGCGGACGUGGACAGCAGUCAAAACGACUUUCUGCAAGCAGGCGGCGGUGCGGUGGAAACGCAGACAACAGAUAUGUCAGCCAUUCAGCUGACGAGUUCAGACCGAUGGGAGGUGCUAACGCCGGUCUCUACUAGGAAGGAAGACCACGGAGUCAUUCACAUUCCAAACUCGGGGAUUGUCACAUCCAACGGGCAGUAUGUGCUUCCGAUUGGGAGUAUUCCCAGUCAGCCUAUUUAUGUUACAGCCUCUGGGAAUGAGGCGGCAGUUAAUGGUGUGUCAGGCAUUCAGUAUCAGGUCAUCCCCCAACUCCAAAACGCAGAUGGAACACUUGCAGGGUUCUCAGCACAGGGAUUGGAUGAUGGCACAGGACAGAUCCAACUCCUUCAAGAUGGAAACCAGGGUAGCCUCGGCAUCAGCUGUGCAACGACUGCAACUACAGAUCUGCUCACGCAGGCGGGGCAGGUGCAGUCCAUCCAAAGCGUCUCGUUAGCAGGGGCAUCAGCCUACACCAGCACAGUGCCCGUAGGGCUGCCUGGCAACAUCACGUAUGUGCCCAUAAACAGUGUAGAUUUGGAGUCACUGGGGCUGACUGGUGCACAGACUGUCCCCAUUGCAACCGGGGUGACACCUGACGGUCAUCUCAUCAUGGGUGGGCAGACACUCGAGAGUCAGGGUGAGGAGAAUGGUGCCAAACAGCCGCUGGUGACUGUAAGUGAUGCCAACACCAACCCAGAGCUCUACGUGCCAACCACCACGUCGUCUUCCACUUCUUCCCAGCUUCCUGAGACCAUUGACGGAACAGGGGUUCUGACCCAAGCAACCGCAGUGUCUGUGGGCAUUCCUGACCCUUCCUCCUCAGAGAACUUCAACUCCCACAAUCACCUGCAGCAAAUCCAAGUGCCAUCAUCCAACGCCACCACAAUCUCACAGCCAAUCCUGCAGCUGUCUGGGGACAGUCAAGCCCAGUUAGCCCAAAGCCAGGACCUGACUGCAGGUCAGACUCUCCAGAGCGUGCAACUGGUCAACCCGGGGACCUUCAUAAUCCAGGCCCAAACUGUUACCGCCACGGGUCAGAUCCAGUGGCAGACCUUCCAGGUUCAGGGUGUCCAGUCACUCCAGGGUCUCCAGGGACAGGGGCAGGCCCAGCAGCUCACCUUGGCCCAGGUCCAGACUCUACCACUGGCGCAAACAGGCCAAACCAGCCUGCCCAACCUCCAGACAGUCACAGUCAACUCUUUGACUCAGACAGGAGUCCAGUACUCACAGGGUGAUGAUACGAAUGGUCCCGCUGGUAUGACAUACAAACGUGUCCACAUUAAGGAGGAGCCAGACUCUGAAGAUUGGCAGUUGAGCAGCGACUCCACGCUGAACCCCAGUGACCUGAAUAACCUGCGUGUCCAGAUGGGGGAUGAGGACAUGGAAAUGCCCCUCGGAGAGGGCAAGAGGCUCCGCAGAGUUGCUUGCACCUGCCCCAACUGUAAAGAGUCCGGAGGAAGAGGUUCAGGCUUGGGGAAGAAGAAGCAGCACAUCUGCCACAUUCCUGGCUGUGGGAAAGUUUACGGAAAGACGUCCCAUCUCCGAGCCCACCUGCGCUGGCACAGCGGGGAGAGACCUUUCGUUUGCAACUGGAUGUUCUGCGGCAAGCGGUUCACCAGGAGUGACGAGCUGCAAAGACACAGGAGGACACACACAGGAGAGAAGAAGUUCGUGUGCUCGGAGUGCUCCAAGAGGUUCAUGCGGAGCGACCACCUGGCCAAACACAUAAAGACUCACCAGAAUAAAAAAGGUGUUCCCUCUUCCACACCUCCACCUGCCACUGACGCUGUCGUCACCACCGACGGCACCACGCUCAUUCUCCAGACAGCCGACGCCCACGACCUCGUAGCCAAUCAGGAGAUGCCUUUGCAGCUAGUUGCUGUGGCACCUGGGGAGGUCAUGGAAUGAGUGGAAGGUGCGUGAGGUGGCUGACUUUGAACUGGCCAAUUACAGGGACCUGUUGAGCUUUUCUUCUUUUUUUUUUUUUUUUUUUUUACAUAUGAAUAUAUACAUAAAUAUAUAUGACAAAUAUAUAUAUAUAUUUUAAGUAAGAGUUAUGACUUUCUUUUUUGCAGUCUUUUUAUAGGCGAGCAGAAAUAACAUUAAAAUGUGGUUACACGAUAAGAAGAAAAAAAAACACUUAAAUACACAAUGAAAUGCCUUAUUUUGUAUCAUACUCUUGUAUAAAAUGCAUGUGACUUAAGAUGAUGUAACGGCUUCGAUGAGAUGGAUGUAGUGAUUGAUUCUGGGAAGUUUGGGAUUAAAUGCGGUCUCUGAAGCAGCUCAGCUGUCGCGCUGAAUGCUGUGGUUGUUCUGUGGGCGGACGGCGGUGACAUGCUGAGCUGCUUUAAACAGAGUGGCAGGAUCUGUCGCGUCUGAGCUGGACAACGGCGCCACUGUUUGCUCAUGUUCACCUCAACACCAUUUAGGCAGAAAUGAAAGGAUGUCAUCUGUCCUCACGAGCACACCAUCCACUGUUAAACACUUUGUUCUUUUUUGUUUGUUUUGUUUUUUUAAACACAUUUUGUUGUAAAUUCCUUUUGGGGGGGUGCUGUCUGCAUUAAGGUCACGUUGUCGACUUUAUACAGUGCAGCGUUUUCGCAGCAGAAGAAAACGUGCAUCACAUGAAGAAAGAUGACCCACGAUACAACAAAUCGGUGAACCAAUGUGAGCGUCUCAGUCAUCAGACAUUCCAGUUGGACACUAGACGAUGUGGAAUACGUUUAACAAUAACUGCCAGAUGUCAGUCAAAAGGAAAACAAUCAUUUUUUUUAAGUUAAUGUAAUCCUCAGUUUGUAGCUGUUAUUUACCUGUAUAUUAUUUUCAUUGUUUAUAAAAGCCAUUACCUAGCUGAAUUUGUUGUAUCAAACCUUAAUUUUAAUUUUUUUUUAAUGAAUUGGUGUAAAAAUUGAAUGUUGCCUUUUGUAAAACCUUUUUUCAAAUGGAUCACAAUAAAAGUCUGAAACGUGA